AUGAAGGUCGAAACCUGCGCCUUCUCUCAGCGCAAGAUCUACCCCGGUCGCGGAAAGCUAUACGUUCGCGGCGACUCUAAGGUGAGUCUGGGAGCGGCCAACAAGACAGGGAGAGCAGAUGGCAGCAGAGGAAGGGGGUGAUCAGAUCGCUAUGCAGUCGGACAAGUGGAGUCACAGCAUUCCGCCAAGACAAGCUAAAGUGCUGCCGGCCCAAGCGGGGGCUAUGUUGGGAAACCUGCUUAUGCCCGACGGAUACGGGUUGCUGGAAUUAUUUAUGCUGACAUGCAUGCCUUGUUCGCCAUAUCGCUAUCCGCUAUCUCCAAAGGUCUUCCGCUUCGUCUCCUCAAAGUCGGAGUCUCUGUUCCUGCAGCGCAAGAACCCUCGUAAGAUUGCGUGGACUGUGGUCUACCGUCGCAUGCACAAGAAGGGUAUCACUGAGGAGGUUGCCAAGAAGCGUAGCCGUCGCACUGUCAAGCACCAACGUGGUGUUGUCGGUGCCUCUCUCGACGCCAUCGCUGCCAAGAGGAACCAAAAGCCCGAAGUUCGUCAGGCUCAGCAGGCCGCCGCCCUUGCCAAGAGCAAGGACGACAAGAAGAAGAGGCAAGAGGAGCGCAAGGCUAACAGAGGCAAGGUGGGUAAAUGUUACAGAGGACUGAUUCCGUUGGAGGAGUAAAGGCUUGGGUGGCGUUGCGUCGAUCGUGACACGGGGACAUUGUAGCCGUGGGGUGCUGAUCAAGCUAUCCUUUCACCAUGACCAUCAGGGAGCUGUCGCACACGCGGGUGCAGGUCCCAAGAUCUCCCGUCAGCAAGCAAAGGGGGCAGCAAGCAAGCCCCGUGUCUAA